CAAUUAAAUAAGAACUUAAAAGACGCAUUACGGCUAUGAAUUUUAAAGAAUUGAGUUAUUGAAAAAGAAAGUGAAAUUUUAAAAAAUAUUUACCAAAAAAAUAAAAUGAGAUGCUGAAAUUUCAAACUGUGUAAAACAGGCAUAGAAGGGAAGCAUCAAAAUUGCAAAAACCACCAGCUGCCACAUACAUCCAAAAAUAGCUGAAAUCAAUUGGACCCCGUUCGCCAAAAAACAAAAAAAAGGGACCCGACCGUUGCCAAACUAAACAAAGAGAAACAGAAAUCUAGGCAAGGCAGAUAAAGCAAAAGCCAUUCCUGAACAUCCCAGGAGCUCAUCAAUCCCUAGUUUAAUUUCUCAUUCUUUAUCCCCUCAAAAAAAAUCUCUUUCUUUAUUAUUCUCUCUCUGGUCUCAAUGGAGUCUGGGCGGUUGAGACAUGUGUUAGGUUUGCUUUUCUUGGUAUUGAUGAUGGCAUCAGCCUCAGGAUCUUCAUGUGAGUUUCCUGCCAUAUUCAACUUUGGGGACUCAAAUUCUGACACAGGUGGGCUCUCUGCAGCAUUUGGACAAGCCCCUUUUCCCAAUGGGCAGACUUUCUUCCACCAUCCUGCUGGUCGCUACUCCGAUGGCCGUCUCAUGAGUGAUUUCAUAGCUGAGAGCCUGGAAUUGCCAUAUCUGAGUGCAUAUCUGAACUCGGUGGGUUCGAACUUUAGCCAUGGAGCCAAUUUUGCCACAGCUGGAUCAACCAUAAGACCUCAAAACACCACCAUGCAUCAAAGUGGGUAUAGUCCCAUUUCAUUAGAUAUACAAUUGGUUCAAUACUCAGACUUCUACAAAAGAUCCCAGGAGUACCAUAAUCAAGGAGGUGUGUUUGAGACAUUGUUGCCUAAGGCAGAUUAUUUCUCAAAGGCUUUGUAUACCUUUGACAUUGGUCAGAACGACCUCACUGCUGGUUACAAGCUCAAUUUGACAACUGAACAAAUAAAAGCAUCAGUCCCUGAUAUGCUUGCCCAAUUCUCCAAUGCUGUUAAGGCUGUGUAUGCUGAAGGAGGAAGAUCAUUUUGGAUACAUAACACAGGCCCAGUGGGCUGCCUGCCCUACUCUUUAGACAGGUUUCUAGUAACAGCAGCCCAAAUAGAUAAAUAUGGGUGUGCUAGCUCAUUCAAUAAGGUGUCUCUAUACUUCAACCAGGAACUGAAAAAAUCAGUGGUUGAACUCAGGAAAGAGCUUCCUCUGGCUGCCAUUACUUAUGUUGAUAUCUAUUCUGUCAAGUACACUCUAAUCACUCAAGCCAAAAAAUUUGGUUUCACUGAGCCUUUUGUUGCUUGUUGUGGUCAUGGUGGCAAGUAUAAUUACAAUAGUUUUGCAAGAUGUGGUGCCAAGAAGGUUGUGAAUGGAAAGGAAGUGAUCAUAGCCAGCUCUUGCAAAGAUCAGUCAGUUAAGAUAAUUUGGGAUGGAAUUCAUUACACAGAGGCAGCUAACAGGUGGAUUUUCCAACAAAUUGUGAAUGGUUCAUUCUCAGAUCCACCAAUUCCAUUAAAAAUGGCCUGUGACAUAAUGUCACAUUGAUUUUCUUGCAUUUUUUUUUUCUUUCUCCUUCAUUGUACAUUCUAAUGAUUGGGCCCCAAAACCCCAUCAAAUCAAAAUCUUCAAGAUCCACUUCCAUUC